UUGAAUAACCACUGCAAAGAGAGAGUAUAAGCCCAAACACCUGCAUUAUUGCUUCUCUGUGGUGCCCCUAGCUCACACUCUCCUUCUCCAUGGCAUCCUCCCUUGCUCCUCACCAAACCUUCAAUCCCUCACCCAAAGAAAACAGGGAAGAAGAAGACUACGAAAAGACCUACCACAAUUACAACCAAAUGCUCCAAACACUCCCCAGAGCCAAAGGCUGGAGGGCUCAGCACGUGGUCAAGUACCAAAGCCACUGGCUAAGCCCAAACACCUCCCUCAAAGGAGCCCUCUUGCUCCAAAACCACUUCAAGCCCAAACCCACAGACACCUUCCUCGCCGCCUUCAUGAAGUCCGGCACCACCUGGCUCCGGUCCCUCCUCUUCGCCACCGUCAACCGCUCCCGCUACGACUUCUCCUCCCACCCCCUCCUCACCACCGGCCCCCACGCCGUCUUCCCCUUCCUGGACAGCUACAUUUACGACAAACACCCCAUCGCCGACCUCGACUCCCUCCCCUCACCUCGGCUGUUCGCCACUCAUUUCUCCCACGACUUGUUUCCGGAAUCCGUAAAGGGUUCUUCCGGAAGCAAGUUUGUUUACAUCUGGCGCGACCCCAAAGACGUGCUCGUUUCGAAGUGGGACUUCAUGAACCGGCUCAGACCCAAGGACCUACCGGUUCUCACGCUUCACGAGGCGUUUGAGUUGUUCUGCGACGGGGUCUCCGAGUACGGGCCGUUCUGGGAUCACGUGCUGGGGUACUGGAACGCGAGCGUGGAAGCACCCGACAAGAUACUGAUUUUGAAGUACGAGGAGGUGAAGAGAGAGCCUGGGGUUCAAGUGAAGAGGUUGGCGGAGUUCAUGGGGGUUCCGUUCUCGGUCGAGGAAGAGGAAGGAGGGGUGGUGGGGGAAAUAGUUGAGCUGUGUAGCUUCGACAAGUUGAGGAAUUUGGAAGUGAACAAGACCGGGGUAUCUCGGUUCAAUCAGGAGGUUGUGGUCCAGAAUCGAGAUUUCUUUAGGAAAGGUGAAGUUGGAGAUGGUAAGAAUUACUUGACUGAGGAGAUGAUAGAGCGUCUGGAUCGCAUCACGAAGUGCAAGUUUGAGGGCACUGGAUUGGAGUUUGACGCGCCGCUGCAGUAAAAUCUCGUAAUAUUGGGCUAGAUUUUGUGUUUUCUUUGGAUUGAGUUUUAUUUUUAAAUUAGGGCUUCUUAGGCCUCUCUGGGUUUAUGAGCUAUAUUUGUUUUAUCUGGAUUUUUUAGAUCCUCAAGUGUUGUUUGGGAUUUUGUAUUUUUCAACUUAUGGUUGAAAUCCUUAUCCUCUGUUCCUAAUAAAUUGUUACUUUUGACGAUAAAAAAAA